UACACCUUGUAGUAGCGGGCACUCCCACCACAUGGCGAUUGGCUGUCUGUGAGUUUAUAGCGCCGCACCGUUCACCAGCCACCGCUGAAUAGUCGCUGUAGUUCAGUGUGCGCGGCUCCUGGAAGUGUUUAAUGGAUGUGACUAAUUGUUUUCCCUUCCAGCUUGAGGACCACAAACAUUUGAAAUCGCCUCGAUAAGUUCUUUCUUUUUUUUUUUUUUUUUAUCUGUUCGUAGCCCGUUAUCAGCAGCAGCGCGUCGUCGCCUCUGCGCGCUGCCCCGUGGCUCUCCGACCCUCCCAGCUGGACAGAGAUGAGCAGUCCCGAUGCGGGUUACGCCAGCGACGAUCAGACCCAGGCAAGGUGCGCGAUGUCAGUCAUGAUGCCUGGAAUGGGACACUGCCAGUGGGCCGACCCCCUCAGCCCUCUGGGGGAAUCCAAGGUGAAGAGCGAGCCGUGCGCGUCCGGCUCCGGGAGCCAGAACCGCGGGAAGAGCGAGCCGCGCAUCCGACGGCCCAUGAACGCGUUCAUGGUGUGGGCCAAGGAUGAGCGCAAGAGACUGGCCCAGCAGAACCCGGACCUCCACAACGCGGAGCUGAGCAAAAUGCUGGGGAAAUCGUGGAAGGCUCUUCCUGUCACGGAAAAGCAGCCCUUCGUGGAGGAGGCCGAGCGGCUGCGGGUUCAGCACAUGCAGGACCACCCCAACUACAAAUACCGUCCCCGGCGGCGGAAGCAGGUGAAGAGGAUUAAGAGGCUGGACUCUGGAUUUCUGGUCCACGGCGGCGUGUCCGAGCACCGCGCCGCCUCCAUGCCGGGCGACGGCCUGGGCCUGGGCUACCACGAGCACGGCUUCCAGCUGCCCCCGCAGCCGCUCACUCACUACAGGGACGCUCAGGGCCUCGGGGGGCCGCCUUACGAGCCCUACAGCCUGCCCACGCCCGACACCUCCCCCCUCGACGCCGUGGAGUCCGACUCCAUGUUCUUCCCUCCCCACUCGCAGGACGACUGCCACAUGAUGCCCGCGUACCCGUACCACUCCCAGGGCGCGGCGCCAGAGUACCAGCCCCACGAGCCCCUCUCCAGCCACCACGGCAACGCCAUCCUGCACCGGCACCCCGCCUCGGCCCCGGAGCCGGCGGCCCCCGCCCCCUCCUACAUGGGGUGCCCCAACCCCCUGUCCGUGUACUACGCGCAGCACUGCGGGCCCGGCCAGGCCAAGCGGCACGCCGGCGGCGCGGGCCAGCUCUCGCCGCCGCCCGACUCCCACCCCCCCCACCCCCACCCCCACCCCCCCGGCGACAGCGUGGAGCAGAUGCACCACGCCGAGCUGCUGGCCGAGGUGGACCGCAACGAGUUCGAGCAGUACCUGGGCUCCUCGGCGCGCGCGGACCUGCCCGGCCUGUCGUACGGGCCGCACGAGGCCGGCAUGCAGGGACCCGAGAGCCUCAUCUCGUCGGUGCUGUCCGACGCCAGCACGGCUGUGUAUUACUGUAGCUACAACAACUCCUAACCUCCUGCCUCGCCUGUCAUCCUGCUGCAAGGACUCGUGACCUCGCCUCAAACCUCUGUAGCUAAAUUUGAACUUUUUAAAUAUUUUUAUAAAUGUUGUUUGCCAAUUACAGAGACGGCCCGUGAGAUUCCAAAAUAAAGCUCUGAAGGAGACAUAGUACUGUAUCUGUGUUAGGAACAGUUAAUGAAGCCACUGAAUAUAUUAACACAAACACUGGUUUUAACUUCCUCUCUUGCAGGGACAUGAAUUAAUUUUGUGAAAAUAAAUAUUGUACAGUCACUAUUUUAACAUUUGUGUAUAGACCGAAGGUGUUUUUAUAUUUUUUGCACUUUUUGAAAAAUAAAAUCUUUUGCAAUUAC